UGUUCGGCAACUAUUUCAGAGAUCGCCGUUACAUGCGGCAAUAAAGUUGACGUUGAACGUUCGACUUUAAACUUUAAGCUGAAUGGGAAGGAGAUUGUGGUAAGAAUGGGCAGCACUGGUCCGGCAUGUGUCUGCAUGUGAUAUUCAUAUGUGUGUAUGGCAUGCGAAUAGUGUGUAGAGAAGCUGUGAAGAGGGGUAGAAGAAACUGAAAGUGCCGCUUUGCAAACUCUUCGUUCGUUGUGUGUCUUUAUAUUGCAUUGCAUAUAAACAUAAACACAAAAAAAACCGUCUUUUCUUUCAUUUCAAUUUCCAGUGAGGUGUAAGCGAGUGUAAGGCUCCAGAAGGCUGUGUGAAAGUGUCGAUUGCUGUACCACAAUAAUAAAUAAAGUUUUGCAUUACGUGCGUUGGAAAAUUCCGCCACACACAAGCGCCUAGAGUGUAGAAUUUUUUGCUUAGAAACACACACACAUGCAUCCUCCAUACGUCGUCCAUGUUGUGUAGCAUUUUCACGCUCAUUUCCGAUCAAGAGUGAGAGCUUCUCUUGGGUUGCACGAGAAAUUGCUGUCGCGACCUUAGGCCGCCAUAGACGCUGCCAGCGCUUUUGGCUAUCAUUUUAAAGAAGAAUUUUCACGUAAAAGCUGUGUGCGCAUUUCACACGUUUCUUAGAAACGGACCUUCUAGAAGCUAGCUUAGUAGUUACUUUAAAAUGUCUGAAAACGAAAAUUCGCAACAGCCGCCGUUGCCCGAGCAGCCGCCAUCCAGAAAGAAGAAUAUCAAAUGCGUGCAGGAACUGUUUGUGGAUGAAGUGCACUACAAGCUUAGCUGGGGCAAGUUCAGCAGGAUUGCGACAAUGGGAGCGCUGGCGGACCGUAUCAAUCAGCUCCCCGCGCCGAUAGGGACCUUGUCGGUACUCAAGUGCUGCCAGUACCUAUGGGAAAUGAGUCGCAGGCUGGGCACCGAUGAGCUGGCCACGCUGCAGAAAUUGGCAUGCAUCUUGUUCCUGCUUCGAGAUAAAGAUGCGCCGUCGAUGAAUUGCCGCAUGGCACUGAUGCGUCAAUCCUUCAACGUGGUCAACUCGCUGGAGCCAAUGCUAGUACAUUACUUUUCCAAACUGUUUCUGGACUACUUUAGCGGGAGCUCGAGCAGCAGCCGGUGCCAUGUGCUGCGUAUUGCCCGCUUCAUUAGCGUACAGAGUGGCAUCGGAAGGGCCGUUAGCGUCUGCCUGCUGUGGCACUUAAUUUUUAGCUAUGCCGAAACACCCAUUGGCAUUCAUCAGUACCGCGAGCUGGGUGAGCUUCGAAUUUUGAAUAAUGUACCCAUCGCGGAGUUGAGCAACAGUAGCUUCAGGUGUAUAAUCCGUGCGGUGGGCACUCUGUUGCAUUUGCAGUUGUGCUGCCCGGACCUAAAUGAGUUCCUGUAUCACGGCUACCCGAGGAUCUUCUUUCGCAUUCUGCCCCAGGAUGUGAAAAUGCUGUGCUCUUGGCUGCUGAACGCUGUCACCACCAUUGACUGCCACCGUCCUCGCACCGAUGCCUUAAAGCUGCAGACCAUGCUGGAUUACCUCAAUGUCCCCGUCCUAUCCCGUCAAUGGUGCCUUGCGUGCCGCGGCGCAUCGGGUGAUGUUAUCGGCCCUCCCCGCACCGGCGACGAGUGUGUGCUCUCCCAGAUGCGCAGUUGACUCAAAUGACGCAUGUGACGU